GAAAGCCCACACGAACAGCAGCAGACCCUCCUGCUCUCGCGGAUUAUAACAAACAUCGAGAAACUGAAUGAAGCUGUUAUGAUGAUGAACAGAAACUUGCAGGAGGUCAAUAUCCAGAACAUGAAUGUCGAACUGGUGGCUCAGAUGUUCAAGAACUACCAGUCAAACGUGCUUUUCCACCUUGAAGGUACAAACCGGUUCGACCGCCAAUUG